GCACGAUAAUGAACAAGUUAUACGGCGAUCGACCGCUUAUCUAAAAAAGAUAAGAGGUUUAUUACAAUCUUAUUCCAACACGUCUCAUUUAUUAUUUCGAUCGCUUUGAAUUUGUCUCAAGAGGAUUUCGCUACUUCUUGAAAAUGCUGAGGGUAAUAAUUCUAUUUAACAUCAUCCUGGUGAACCUUUCUGGCAUUUUGGGACAAAGUUUCGGUGAUACCAUAAAAGCUAACCCAGUGAUUGAGAUCGAUGCAGGUCAACGACUACAGAACAGUUUAGUGAAAGUAACAGAGUUUGACAUCUACCGAGAGGAGGAUGAGGAUGAAGAUUAUUUAGCUCUGACGGUCCAGGUCCCUGCUGAAGUAGACUCGUCUAAUGUUAAGAAUCUCUUUAUUCUGGAUUUCAGUGCGUACACUACUAAAGAUAAUCCUAUCGAGGGCGACUCGAUCAACUCUAGUAGAAUCUCCAACUGCUCCAACUACCAAGUCCAGGAACCUCAAACCCUGGCAGCACAGUUCGACCAAUUUUCUGAGAACAAUUUCCUGAGCCAGGAUUUCUUCUCUGCCAAUUUGACAGAGAUAGGCGGUACCUAUUUUUUGCAGUACAUCUAUAAAGGUUCACUCGAACGUUUCAGUAAUUGUCAGGUAUACGAUCGUGAUGAAGUUUGGUCAGUGUCGGAGAGCAACACAGGCAAAACCCAAUACACGACAGUCCUAGCAAUAAACCACAUCAGGAUCACCAAGCAAGAGAUCGGCAACGAAACCAUCUACCAACCCUCUUUCUUCUCAACAGCCUUCAAGUUAUCAUGGACCAUCAGCCAGUACAUAUUUGUGAACGGAGUAGUGACGUCACAGAAGAGGGUAAAAGCGGAGGUUAUCUUCGCCUCAGUGCAGCCCCUCUGGGAAAACGGUAAGAUAACAGACAAGACCAGAGUUCACAUUGGAGUCAGGACAAUUCUAGAGAAUGCCUACCACAGUCAUCUGAUGAUGGUAUUUGUCAAGGGCUCAGAUAGUGGUACGUUUGCGGUUUUGGAAGACGGAGAAACCCCGAUUGAGAUCAACGCGGAAAAGCUUUCUUCAGGUACCGGCUUAGGGGACCAGGUGAUGUGUGACCCUGUCCGAAACUGGGACUUGGCCGACGUUUUUGAUGACAACUCCCAGAAAUAUCAAGACUGUCAGCAAACAUGGGAGUUUAGCAUAAUGCUGCCACAGAACGUGACUGUCUACAACGAAAUUGAAGGCCUAUUCUCCUUCCGGCUCCAACUAUACCAGUGUGACGACCUAAAUCAAGUUCAACCUAUCUGCGCCCCCGUAGAGGAUAUGUAUGAGGAAAUCCUGGCAAAUGUCGCUCUGGACACUGUAGUGGAGAUAACAGCAGAACAAGAGAACUCGCUGAAACUUGAAGUAACAGCCAUCAAGAGUCAAGACAACUCAGCGGAAUUUCUAUCCAGCAGCACACUAUCCAGAGGCAUUUACCAUGGAGAGGAGGUUGUAAUCUACAUACAACCUACCCAGAACAUUAACAAGACACCGGGGGCUGAUCUGAUCAGCAAAAAUGGGCUGGCUCUUAGUGCUUUCCUCAUUUGCAUUCAGAGCCAAAUUCCUUUACAAUCCAAACUAGGAUGCCUGGACGUGGACCAGCAAUAUCGGUACAUUCCGUGGAUGGAGGAUGACUUGAGCGUUUCACUUCACGGUAAAAUCUACAAACGAGAAGAUUUUGAAUCGACGAAACAGGAUCUAAAUUCAACACAGCACAACUGGGACCCUGACACAGGAUACUACACGAUAAGGUUCCAGAACCUAGCCUUGUCUGCCCAAAGCAGACUCUACAGGUUCACCAUGAUCUUCAGAAUAGACAUCCUGGACAGCGACUCUGAAGGGGGCCGGAGAAGAAGAAGUGUUCUUCUAUCACUAUCAGAUUCUUCCUUAGCGUACAGAAAGAAGAGAGCAACUAAAGUGGCAUCAGAAUCAGCAACCGUGGUAUCUCCUGAAGAAGAACUGGCGCAGACUCCAGGACCAGGAGAAAAAGAACUGGCGCAGACUCCAGGACUAGGAGAAGAAGAACUGGCGCAGACUCCAGGACCAGUAGAAGAAGAUUAUGAAAGUGAUAAGAACGACACUUCCGGAUCUGAAGCUUCAGAUGACUCAACUUCACUAGCUACAACUGAAGUCAGCGUUAAAGUUGAGGUCUGCCCUCCAGACUACGAAUAUAUUUCUCAGGAUGAACCGUGUCGACCAAAAUUGAGGGAGAGUGUCGCAUUCACAGUUCAUUGCAACAUCCUCAUGCUACUUCUCUGCUUGGGUCUAGGCUUAUAGUAUCUUCACUAUAAAUGACCAACGUGAUUUGUACAUUUAUUCAUUAGCGUAUUAUUUUGAAUUGAAAAACUAUUGGUUUUUAAAAUGAACUGAGGUAUGAUUGAAUUUGAGGAGUUAAAUUUUUGAUUGUUAUAUGUUUUGAUUGAUUGAAUACUUCUUACUUAACUUAUUGAAUUUCAUGACAAUAAUAAAUUUAUUUUUAAUUGGCAUAAUGAUUCCAAAACUAUUAUUCUAGCUUUUAUAUUGUCAACAACACGCGACUGAAAAUUAAAAAUUAUGGUAAAAUUUGACAUGAGAAUUGGAUUUAUCAUUAGUACGACAACCGUGCCAUUUGACAUCCGCAUCAUAUAAUAUGCUAUUUGAGGAAGGACCAACUAAACAGUGAACAUACAAAGUUUACACCUUCAUGCACAUCUAUAUGAUGCACUAUGUACUUCAAUUUACCCAGUUUGGCAUGAAUACAAUUAGAAGCAGGAAAACUCGUGUAAUUACGCUAAUUAGUACCAAUUACUGUUAUAAUGACCCGGUAGGUAUAUCGGUAUGUACCAAGCCGUAUUAUAAUAUG